AGUAUUACAUACAUGGAUAUGUUCUGUGCCAUGCCGUAUGUAAGAAUGUGCUUAUUGCGCACUCUUUUUGAUUUGACUUUCUCAAAUGUAAAUAAUUAAUUAAGUGUCAAAGUUGUCUUUUGCCUAAAAUCACUACUUUCUAUCUAAAAAAAACAACUAAAUCCUAUUUUCAUUUGAUUUGGAACUGUCAUUUUUAGUUUAUUUGCAGCAAGAUAGUGGUGUGAAUUUUAUAGUUUACCAACUAUUUCUCACAAUUUCUCUCAAUUGGAAUUAAUAUUUGUUAGGUUAAAAAGUCAUGAAUUUAAAUCCUGGAAUUAAAAAACAAAAUUUCAUAGCUUAUGUGAUAAAUUUUUUACAAGAAGACUUACUGAACAGUAACAUGAAUAGUGAAAAAAAAGAAUCAGUUGAAGUUGCAAUACAGUGCCUUGAAACGGCAUACGAAAUUGACAUGGAUAUCAAAACGAAAACAGAAAUAGACAAAGUAGACCUGCUUUCACUCUUUCCUCCAACUAAUAAGGGUGAACUCACGGAAGAACAAAUUGAUAAAGCUGAAGGAUUUAAGAAUGAUGGAAAUUCACACAUGAAGAAUUCUGAGUAUGAACAGGCGAUAGUAGAAUAUACAAAAGCAAUCAGAAUGAAUCCAUAUAAUCCUGUAUACUAUUGUAAUAGAGCGGCUGCAUACAGUCGAUUAGAAAAACAUUUAGAUGCCAUAAGUGAUUGUAAAAAAGCUAUAGAAUUAGAUCCAUGCUAUGGAAAAGCUUAUGGACGUCUAGGAAUCGCAUACUCCAAUCUCAAUAAGUAUGAAGAUGCAUGUAAAUCAUAUGCACAAGCAUUAAAAUAUGAUCCAAAUAAUCCAAUGUACGAAACAAAUUUGAAAUUAGCCCAAGAAAAGAUGUUUGCCUCCAUGGAAAGUGCUGCUCCACCUGAACAUCGACCUUUAGAUAUUUCUCAAUUUAUUAAUAACCCUAACCUGAUUAAUAUGGCCACACAAAUGCUCAGUGAUAGUAAUUUUAGAAGUUUGAUGUCCCGGUUUAUGACAACAAAUCAGAGCGGAGAUUCGAAUUUAGAUGCACUAAUUCAAGCUGGUCAGACAUUAGCUAACAGAAUGCAAUCGGCAGAUCCUGACUUCGUAGAAAAUUUGAGACGUUCUUUGGAUCCUCAAAAUUUCGGUGCUGCAAGCCAAUCAGAUGAUGUUGAUAACGACCAUGCAAGCAAUUCUGAGAAGAAAUCAGAAUAAUAAGAGUUUUUUUAAUCUUUAUAGUAAUUUAUACUUUUUGUUCAUUAUAUUGUGUGUUAAAGAUUGA